AUGGAUUUUGUAGAUUCAGAUGAAAGUGAUUUCGAUUUUGAUGUUCUACAAACCAAGGCAGCUGAAGAGCGGAGAGGCAUCUAUGGCACUGGUGGUGGUCCUGCAACACCUUCAACCCCUUUGACAGGUGUAGAGGAGAGGAUGUUGGCAAUGUUAAAUGACAAAGAGAUGGAGGGUAUUGCGAAUACUUGCGAUUCAGAUACUGUGCUGGCGGAUGUUCAUCUUGCUGAAAACAAUACCAGUACUUCACCCGCAUUGGAAACACCGCUACCCGGUCCUGCCACACUAAGGAAGAAGAUGAGCGCACCACUGUGGACACCUCGAAGACUGUGUGACAAAAACCCGAAGACCUCGUCCUGGGAGAAUCUGGCUUCUAUCAAAAGCAAAUGGACAGAGUCUAAAUUCCAGGCAGACGUUGCUUUGGCAAAGAAGGAAGAGGAGAGAGUGGAGCUACAAAUGAAGCUCAUGCGCGAAAGGCACGAGUUGGAGGUUCUCCAACAUAAGGAACGUCAGGCCAUAGAAAUGGAAAUACUUAGCGUUCGAUUAGAAAAAGAAAAAUUGGAAUUAAAAAAGUUAUAUAACGUGUAAAUAUUUUUAU